GCUGGUCACCCUGUUUUGAAUUGAAUUUAGUUGGUCGGCGAUAAAUUGGUUAAAUAAUUAAACCCAUGACCUUACGAAAUGGCAGCUCCAUCUGAGGAUAUCGGCGUGUACUCCAUGCGCCUGGUCAUCGCAGACUUCUACAUGGAGAAGCCGCAAUUCGGAUUGGAUCCCUGCUACUCUGAGUUGCGCGGCAAGGAGAUCAAGCGGGUUCCUGUGGUGCGGGUAUUUGGCGGCAACUCCAGGGGCCAGAAGACCUGCAUGCAUGUCCACGGCGUUUUCCCGUACUUCUACAUUCCGUACGACAAGAAGGACUUUGAGUCCCUGGAGCGCGGAAUCCUGCAGAUAGCUAUGCAUCUGGACAAGGCAAUUAAUAUAUCCCUGGGCCAGGGCAGCUCUAACGCCCAGCAUGUCUUCAAAAUCCAGCUGGUUAAGGGCAUUCCCUUUUACGGUUACCAUCGUGUGGAACAUCAAUUCCUCAAAAUCUACAUGUUCAAUCCGCGCUUUGUGCGCCGCGCCGCCAAUCUUCUUCAGAGCGGCGCCAUCCUCAGCAAGAACUUCAACGCGCACGAGUCGCAUGUGCCCUACAUCCUGCAGUUCAUGAUCGACUACAACCUGUACGGAAUGAGCUACCUUCACGUGCCGCUGGAGGUGCUUAAGUUCCGGCGCAGCCACGAAGACGAAGUGGUUCCUUAUCCAAACGUCAAGCCCGCCCAACUACUAGACACCAGUACCGUGAGGAAGGUGGCCUGCAGUGCAUUGGAGGUAGACGUCAGUUCAAACUUCAUCCUGAAUCGCUUUCAGCUGGUUACCAAAAGCAAAGGCCGCCAUACAAAUCCCGGGAUCGAGGCCAUAUGGAACGAUGAAAGCAUGAGACGCCAGAAGCUCGUUGAAAAGCACACAGCAUCCGGCGAAGAGGAGAAAGUACAAGCGGUGCCAGAAUUGAAGCUACCGGAAACGCAGGAGCGUCAUCUACUGGAAGUUGCCGAGAGUGAUAUCUUCUACCGGACCGCUUUGGAGAGCAAGCUAAUGACUCUGGAGCAAUCUACGUUGUCAGAGCAAACGCUGUCUGAUCAAACGAGUGUCGCCAAUGUCACUAUGCAGACUACGUUGCCCAGCAGCAAGGAGCAGCGCCGCACUUGGAAUUUGCAGAAACUUUUGGCAAAUGCCGUUUAUCCUGAGGAAUGCUCCCAGGAUCAACAGCAUCUGCUGGUCAAUGCCUCCUUCAUUCAGAACCAUGUGGCGUGCAACAGCGGCAGCGGCAGUAAUGUCAGCCUUCCAGUUUCAAGGGACGACUCUGAAUGCAUGGACGCUACGUUAGUGGAUGAGGAGCUUAUACUGAGUCUCUCGCAGCCAUAUGGCGCGAUGCCCCACGAUGCCACCUUGAGGGAGGAGGACCUGGAGCUACUAGAGGUGUUGCAGCAGCUUGAAGAGCAGAAUGACAAUGAGUCACCGGUUGAUUUAGACAGCUCAUUGGCUCCCUUAUCUCAGCCGCAUAAAAACUUUGAGCUGACUCCAGAUCUUUUGAACAAGGAGGCUGGGAUUGCUCUGGCCGACGAAGACUGUGAUUCCGACGAAGAUGAGGGCGAAAGUACGCGGCACGACUUCUCCACCGCCCUCGACGAUAUCGAUCAGCUGCUGCUUAAGCUAACCCAAAGCCAGCCAGAGCCAAAGCCGAUAGACCCAUCCUCGAAGCUGCCACAAAUCGAUGGAGCCGACGAUCGGCUUCAACUUACUCCGAAAAAACUGAGAAGUUCUAAGUCCAGGGGUACAAGUCCUCCGAAAACUCCUCCAACCACGCCAAAGGGGCAUCCCAGCCUCUUGAGGUCGCCACGCACCCCAAAGUCCAGUGCGGCCAAGAAGUACGCACCGCUGCCGUUAACAAUUGGUAGUAAUUCGUCAACGAAGAAAAACAGUGAAGAAAGUACAAGGAAAGUGGGUAAUCCCCGGCUCAGCUUGCAACUUGAUAAGGAACCAAAAACUCCUGGGCCAGAGCUAUCAUUGCGCAAGAAACUGGCCAUGACAGAGCUGCGGCGGAAAAGUGUUGAGGAAUCGAACAGUUUCAUUCGCUUACAAAACGAUCUUACGCCUCUUCGCAGUUCCAGACGUUCCACACGCAACUUGGACAAGACACACGUGAUUUGCUCUCUAACGCCUCGGGAUCGGAAUCCCAGUUUCUCCGACAUGUUCGAGGGCGCAGAUGGCAAUCGGUUGCCAGAAGAAGAGGAGAAGCAGCCACGAAGAAGUACACGCCACCAAGUUAAGAAUCAGUUGAAAGCCGAUGAUGAAGGCAAGAAACCCAAAUCAACAGACAGUGGUAUGAAAGAGAAACAGUCACGUCGUAGUGCCCGUCAUCAGGAACAAUUGAAACAAACCAAAAGUACGGAAACUAUAGCGAAUAAACGGAACAGUCGAACCAACCAGUCUAAAGAUCAGGAGCAGCCUCAAACGAGUGCCGAAUAUACCACAAAAACAGAAAAGGAAACGGUUCAGAAGGCAUCAAAUCCAAGCCCAAAGGGAAGUCCCAAGCCGAGGCCAGAGAAAAUGCAUGAAAGCCAGUUGGAAAAAUUAAAAGAACCUCAAACCGACUCUGAUAAAAAAACCGAUGCAGCCGAAAGUCCCAAGCAGAAUAUCGAGAAUGUACAAAAGCAACUCUUUCCGCCUGAAACAACUCAUAGUACCCGUACAAAAACAACAAGUCUCAGCGAGGAAGAGUACCACUUCGCAUUGAGCGACGAAGAAGAGAUCAUUGGGUCAGAUACAGAGACAGAUAAAAUGCCUACAAAGCUGCGAAAAACACCCAAUUUGAGGCGUCUGCGCAACAGCUUUCGUUCGGAGCUAACUCCAAGCUCAAAUAGAGCUCCACCAGAGAUCCAGACCACUCCUCUGAUGAGCCAAAGGAGCAGUGAGAGCCACACUCCCGAGCUAAUGAAAAGCUUCUACGAGCACUCACUAAUAGUCAACAGUCCUUCGGUGUUUAGUGAUGUGAUAGAGAGUCCCUUGAUGCCUGCGGCGUCGCCUACUCGCCCUUCCACUCCAAAGAAAACUUCCUUUGUGAUAACUCCGUUGGAACUGCCGCCCUCCUACGAUGAAGUGGUCCGUGGCUGCCGCAAGCUAGACAUACCGGAGUUCGAGUUCCAGCAGCCUUUCUACAGCGAUCCAGCGGACGUGAGCAAGGUGACGGAAGUGGGCUUCCUGGUGCUGCACAUACCGGGCAACAAGCUUAACGACUGCGAGCCAUUCCAGAGUGUGCUCGGUAAUGAUCGCGGGCUAGCCUCCUUUAGGCGUCAGCAACUGAUUGCGAUCGGUGGCCCGGCAAUGCUGCAGCGACAUCGGGGAGAACAGCGUAUGAGGGAAUUCUUCAGCAGCCGACAAAAGAUAGUGGUCGAACCUGCACAGAGUGCGCCAACUCCGCAGGAAGCCAAGGUUUGGCUGAAGGCUCAGGAGGUGCUUCGCCAGCGAGGGGAAACUGUAAAGACAUCCGCAGACAUGGAUAGCCCCAUUAAGGUCAAGCGCCAGAAGAUCACAAUGAUGCUCCAAGCUGAGGGCGGCAGUGGUGAAGAGGAUGCUGGGGAGGAAUUGGACUGCAGCCUAAGCCUCACACCCUUGUCCCAAGCAAAGGGAAAGGAAACUCCCAUCAGCAGCAAGGCCAAAAAAGCAGCUAAAAAUCACUUGAAGCGCGGCACAAAACUAAAUUUCAAGGAAGCCCAGCGGGAGGAGGAGAUAGCCAGCUCACAGUCCAGCGAGCAGAGCGCCUCCAGCAGCGCUGUCCAGGCGGAGCUGGAACGGAGUUCCUUUCUUCGACAGCUAGAGGGUGCCUGCGACCAGGCACAGCAGCACGAUCUCAGCUUCGGAUUGAGUCAUGCCACCCUGGACAAUACGUUCGGUUUUAAGGUGAACCUGGAGAACCUGCAGCAGGCCAAGGCGGACAUUGAGUGCAACCACCUGACCAUUAUGACUCUGGAAGUAUUUGUGUGCACGCGCGGCGAACUCCAGCCAGAUCCGAUGCACGACGAGAUCCGCUGCAUGUUCUACGCCAUCGAGCACAGUCUGCCGGAUGAAAGCCUGCCCAGCAAAGCUUGCGGCUAUAUAAUGGUGAACAAUGCCCAGGACCUUCUGAGCGAAGGCUUCACACACGGGUUGGACCGCGACAUUGAGGUGCAAGUGGUGGGUAGCGAAGCAGAGGCCUUUGAGGCACUGCUGGUUCUGUGUGGACGCUGGGAUGCAGACAUAUACGCCGGCUACGAGAUAGAGAUGUCUUCUUGGGGCUACGUGAUCGAUCGGGCCAAGUAUCUGUGCUUUAACAUCGCUCCUCUUUUGUCCCGAGUGCCCACACAGAAGGUGCGGGACUUUGUAGACGAGGAUCGGGAGCAGUUCACGGACCUGGACGUGGAAAUGAAGCUGUGCGGCCGCAUUUUGCUGGAUGUAUGGCGGCUGAUGCGCUCCGAGAUAGCCUUGACAUCGUACACUUUCGAGAACGUUAUGUACCACAUCCUGCACAGGAGAUGUCCGUGGCACACGCCCAAGGCGCUUAGUGAGUGGUUUGCCUCGCCUUGCACGCGCUGGAUCGUGAUGGAGUACCACCUGGAGCGCGUGCGUGGCACCUUGGCUUUGCUGGAUCAGUUGGAUCUCCUUGGACGCACCAGCGAGAUGGCCAAGCUCAUUGGUAUCCAGUUCUACGAAGUGCUGUCGCGUGGUUCGCAGUUCCGCGUGGAGAGCAUGAUGUUGAGAAUCGCCAAGCCAAAGAACCUGGUGCCCCUGUCACCGAGCGUGCAGCAGCGGGCUCACAUGCGGGCGCCCGAGUACUUGGCCCUCAUCAUGGAACCCCAGUCACGCUUCUAUGCCGAUCCGCUAAUCGUCCUCGACUUCCAGAGCUUGUACCCCAGCAUGAUCAUUGCCUACAACUACUGUUUUUCGACAUGUCUGGGUCGGGUGGAGCAUCUGGGAGGGAGUUCGCCCUUCGAGUUCGGCGCCUCGCAGCUACGCGUUUCCCGGCAGAUGCUACAGAAGCUGCUGGAGCACGAUUUAGUCACUGUGUCGCCCUGCGGCGUGGUGUUUGUGAAGCGGGAGGUGCGCGAAGGGAUCCUGCCGCGCAUGCUUACCGAGAUACUGGACACGCGCCAAAUGGUCAAGCAGUCAAUGAAGCUGCACAAGGAUAGCUCCGCCCUGCAAAGGAUUCUGCAUUCCCGGCAGCUGGGCCUGAAGCUAAUGGCGAAUGUAACGUACGGGUACACGGCUGCCAACUUUAGUGGACGGAUGCCGGCGGUCGAGGUGGGUGACUCGGUGGUGUCCAAGGGCCGCGAGACUCUGGAGCGAGCCAUCAAGCUCGUGGAGGCGAACGAGGAGUGGAAGGUACGCGUUGUUUACGGCGACACGGACUCCAUGUUUGUCCUGGUUCCGGGCCGAAAUCGAGCCGAAGCCUUCCGGAUUGGCGAGGAGAUUGCACAGGCCGUCACCGAGAUGAGUCCACAGCCUGUGAAGCUGAAGUUGGAGAAAGUCUACCAGCCGUGCCUCCUUCAGACCAAGAAGCGAUACGUGGGCUACAUGUACGAGACGGCCGAUCAGGCGCAGCCCGUUUUCGAGGCCAAGGGCAUUGAGACGGUGCGGCGGGAUGGCUGUCCAGCGGUGGCCAAGAUGCUGGAGAAAGUGUUGCGCCUGUUAUUCGAGACGCAAGAUGUCAGUCAAAUCAAGCAGUACGUCUGCAGGCAGUUCACAAAGCUGCUCUCUGGCCGAGCCAACCUACAGGACCUGAUAUUUGCAAAGGAGUUCCGCGGCCUUAACGGGUACAAGCCCACAGCUUGUGUCCCUGCCUUGGCACUUACACGCAAAUGGAUGCAAAAAGACCCCCGGCGUAUUCCGCGUCGCGGGGAGCGCGUUCCCUUCAUCAUCGUAAAUGGGCCACCGGGAAUGCAGCUCAUUCGCCUGGUACGCAGUCCUCACGACAUUCUGGCUAACGAGGGCCACAAGAUCAACGCUAUGUACUACAUCACCAAGGCGAUAAUUCCGCCGCUUAACCGCUGCCUGCUGCUCAUUGGAGCCGAUGUCCAUGACUGGUUCGCCAGUCUGCCCCGAAAGCUCCUAAUGACGCCGGCCGUGGGAACGGGCAACGAGCUGGCCGGAGGAGGUAGAGGCGCCAAAUCGACCAUCUCACAGUAUUUCUCUACCACCAGCUGCGUAAUCGAUUGUGGCCGCCAGACUAAGGCGGGCAUUUGUCCGGAUUGCCUGAAGAAUGCCUUUAAAAGUGUAGUUGUGCUCUCGGAUAAGACGGCACGCCUGGAGAGAGGCUAUCACCUGACCAGACAGAUCUGUCAGGCCUGCUGUGGACGUCUGGGUGACCUCCACUGCGAUUCCCUCGACUGUCCAGUUCUCUAUGUGCUGGAAGGAAAGCGGCGGGAGCUGCAACAAAUUGGACACAUUCAGAAGCUGCUGGAGGAGCACUUCUAUUGAUUGCCAGAAAUCAUUCAC